GAAAGUGCCACAGCUCUUGGACUCUACAGGCUGAGCAGACACAACAGCCAAAAAUGGGGGGGGGGCAGCCCCCUGGCCCCGGGAAGACUCACUAAAUGAGGCCACCCUCCCACCUCAUUCUGCAGGAGUCAGGAUACAAAAGCAGAUGUGAAGUCCCUCAUGGCAAAGUUUAACACAGGAGGCAACCCCACGGAAGAGGUCUCUGUCAGCAACCGCCCCUUCAAAGUCCCUGGGCAAAACUCGACUUCAGGAGUACAAGCAAGAAAGAAUCUCUUUGACAACCAAGGAAGUGCCAGCCCUCCUGCGGGACCUAGCAACGUACCUAAGUUUGGGUCCCCAAAGCCACCUUUGGCGGUGAAACCUACGUCUGAGGAAAAGCCUGACAAGGAGCCCAAGCCCCCAUUUCUAAAGCCGACGGGAGUGGGCCAAAGAUUUGGACCGCAGGCAAACUCGGCCACCAGAGACCCUGAGGUAAAAGUGGGAUUUCCGAAACCUCUAGGCCCCAAGGUCGUCACUGUGCCCAAGGAAGAUGCCAAACCUGUGUUUCCCCGGCCCCCUGGGAAUAAGCCUUCGCCUCACAGUGUAAACCAAGACCAUGACCUAAAACCACCCGGCCCCAAGCCAGGGUCUCAUCCUCCAGCCCCGGAAGCUGAGCAGAAGCAAGCAUUCCCCAAGCUGGCUGGGGUUAAAGGCAAGUUUGUGUCGGCCACACAGGACCAUGAGCACAAGCCCCUCUUUCCCAAGCCCGUCUUUGGCCAGAAGCCAUCCCUGAGUCCUGAUGACACCCAUGAAGACGAGAGCCCCACCAAGAAUGCAUCUCUACAGAAAGGAGCCCCAGGUCCCUUAGGAACCAAGGCCAAAACCGGCCCUUUAAAACCAGCAAGAGAAGACCAGGAAACUAAAGACCACGGAGGCGAGAUGUCCAGUUCGCCCUUUUCUGGGGUGGUUCUGAAACCUGCUGCGAACAGAGGAAGCCCAGGCCUCUCCAGAAAUGCUGAAGAGAAAAGAGAAGAUAGGAAGAUAGAUGCUGCUAAGAACAUCUUCCUGAACAAAAUGAAUCAGGAAGAGCCAGCCUCUGGGGCUCCUCCUGCCAAGUUCCCUAAGAUGCCUUCUAAGGUGACAGUGACAGGGCCCUGGAGCCAAAGUCAAGACAAGGAAAAGGGAGACAAGAAUGUAGCCACCCCCAAGCAGAAGCCCCUGCCUCCCUUGUUUACCUUGGGCCCACCGCCGCCAAAACCCAGCAGACCCCCGCACGUUGACCUGACGAAAUUCCGAAAAGCCGCUUCUGGAAACAGUACCAGCAAAGGCCAAAUGUCUUACUCAACUACUUCCCUGCCACCACCUCCACCACCCCAUCCAGCCAACCAACUGCCAUUGCCAGCAUGUCACCCAACACAACCGCCAGUCCCAAGUCUACCUCCCAGAAACAUUAAACCUCCCUUAGAUCUAAAAAGCCCUGUAAAUGAAGAAAGUCAAGAUGGUAUGAUGUUCUCUGAUGGUCCUGGAAAUCCAGAUGAGGAACAAGACAGUGAAGGAGAAACAUAUGAAGACAUAGAAGCAUCCAAAGAAAGAGAGAAAAAAAAGGAAAAGGAGGAAAAGAAGAGAUUAGAGUUGGAGAAAAAGGAACAGAAAGAGCGAGAAAAGAAAGAACAAGAAAUAAAGAAGAAAUUUAAACUAACAGGCCCUAUUCAAGUCAUCCAUCAGGCAAAAGCUUGCUGUGAUGUCAAAGGAGGAAAGAAUGAACUGAGCUUCAAGCAAGGAGAGCAAAUUGAAAUAAUCCGCAUCACAGACAACCCUGAAGGAAAAUGGCUGGGCAGAACGGCAAGGGGGUCAUAUGGCUAUAUUAGAACAACUGCUGUCCAGAUUGACUAUGAUUCUCUGAAACGGAAGAAAACAUCUCUCAGUGCUCUUUCAUCAAGAGCUAUUGAAGAUGACCAGGAGGUGUAUGAUGAUGUUGCAGAGCAGGAUGAUAUUAGCAGCCACAGUCAGAGUGGAAGUGGAGGGAUGUUCCCACCUCCCCCAGAUGAUGAUAUUUAUGAUGGGAUCGAAGAGGAAGAUGCUGAUGAUGGCUCCACACUACAGGUUGAAGAGAAGAGUAAUUCAUGGUCCUGGGGGAUUUUGAAGAUGUUAAAGGGAAAAGAUGACAAAAAGAAAAGUAUACGAGAGAAACCUAAAGUUCCUGAGUCAGACAAUAAUGAAGGUUCAUCUUUCCCUUCUCCUCCUAAACAAUCAGACAUGGGAGAUGAAGUUUAUGAUGAUGUGGAUGCCUCUGAUUUCCCUGCUCCACCAGCAGAGCUGAGUCAAGGAGCCAAGGCUAAGACAGAAGAAAAAGAUCCCAAGAAGCUAAAAAAGCAGGAAAAAGAAGAGAAAGACUUCAGGAAAAAGUUUAAAUAUGAUGGUGAGAUUAGAGUCCUGUAUUCGACCAAAGUUGCACCCUCCUUAACUUCUAAAAGGUGGGGCACCAGAGAUCUGCAGGUGAAGCCUGGUGAAUCUCUUGAAGUUAUACAAAGCACUGAUGAUACAAAAGUUCUUUGCAGAAAUGAAGAAGGAAAAUAUGGUUAUGUCCUUCGGAGUUACUUGGUAGACAAUGAUGGAGAGAUCUAUGAUGAUAUUGCUGAUGGUUGCAUCUAUGACAAUGACUAGGUCUCGGCCUUGUUCAUUCUGUUAUGUGCAUUUGAUGCCAAAAUGAAGUCUGAGUUUUAAUAGACGUGUGAUUGGAUAUCUUAGAAAAUGAAUGCACACAACUACUUGUUACCAUUUGUUAUACAAUUCUGAUUAUCCUUA